GAUUGAAUAAGAACAUUGAAAAUUUGCUGUUUUUGAAGAACAGUCAGAAGAGCAAACUCAGAUGCCUUGUACAGGUGCUGAGAUGACAAGGAUGUAUGUGGAAUUUCAUUUGUAACAUGCACAGUAUUAUCAUUUUCAGGUUUAUUAUUCCCAAUCAUGGGUGAGGAUGCAAUAGUCCCUGUCAAGGGUGCAGCCAUUGACUCAAUCAUUGAUUCAAGGCUGGCAAAUGCCGGAUUGAAUGUAUUUCUAUAUCGGUACAAGAUCUGGUGGAUAAGGCCAACUUCCCCCCUACGAAAAUGGACGAAACAUUCUUGUAAGGAGCCUUACCUAAAGCUCGAAAUCGAAAUUGACGAAGAAGCCUUCAGCAAACUCAACUACAUUUUCAUCAAUAAUCAUGUAGUAACGGAAGUGGAAGAUGAAAUUCGCAGUCACCAAAUGGAUCUGAAAAGUACCAUCGCGGUACAACCGCAGAAGGACAAGCUUGCCGCCACGGACACAAUGAAGAACCUUGAAUUCGACGCUGAACCACGUGUCCACCGUUCUCCGGAUGGAACUCUUCUUAAAUUCUACGUCAGUUCGGUAACCCCUGUCAAGGAAGCCACUUCGGAAAAGGUUGCAGACUGGCAUGCAUGGAAAGGAGGGAUUUUGAAAUUACCUUCCAGUGUGUCUGGUACUGUGAACACGGGCGAGCAUUUUUGCAAUUUCUGGAAACUCUCGGCGAAGAAUGAUGUUCAACCGAAAUUUGCAGCAGUGGGACGACCAGAGCGCUGGCUGAAGAGAAAGUUACCUGAGGACACAUCAGGACUGUUUCACCUCGAAGUCUCUUCUUCAAAGUCUCUUCCACCUCCAUAG